CCAAAACACUCCGCUGGUUUUCCUGCACCGUCGAUCCUUUGCUAACACAAGUCAUAAAUAGCACCAAGCAGUAGCUUUCAGUGAAAAUAACAACCGAAACCAUGGAGCAAACAUACAUUAUGAUCAAGCCUGAUGGCGUCCAACGUGGACUUGUUGGUGAAAUCAUCAAGCGCUUUGAACAAAAGGGUUACAAGUUGGUUGCCAUGAAAUUGACUUCUCCUGGAGAGGAACACAUGAAGAAGCACUAUGCUGAUUUGUCCAGCAAGGGUUUCUUUGCCGGUCUUAUUGCCUACAUGACCUCUGGACCCGUUGUGGCCAUGGUCUGGGAGGGCAAGAAUGCCGUCGCCGAAGGACGCAAGAUGCUUGGUGCUACCAUGCCCAGUGAAUCCGCCAUGGGAACCAUUCGUGGUGAUUACUGCAUUGAGGUUGGACGCAAUAUCUGCCACGGAAGUGACGCCGUCGAAUCGGCCAAGAAGGAAAUUGCAUUGUGGUUCCCCGAGGGAGUUACCAGUUGGAGCAGCUGCGAAUCUUCCUGGGUGUACGAGUAAAUCAUCAGUCGUCAACCUGCGAGAAAAUCAUGAGAAGAGUACAAUGGUACGGUAGAAAUCAAAACACUACUACUAGUAGGUCAGCUAACCAAAAAACCAAUCUGCUUUUGCAGCAACAAGAGCAAAAUUGAAGAACAAAUUAUACAAUUCACCGGAAGUGGUUUUUCCUCUUUGCGCAAUUAUUCUUGUGUGGCAAGCAUGGAUGCGUUGGCGUCGCUUGUGAGGUUUUUCUGUGAAUCCUGUGGCGUCCGCAUCGUUUAUCUUUAUUAGUUAGAAGUAAGAUUGAACGUUGACAACCCGUGUUGUGAUC